CUGAGCAUCGUCGACUUGUUAGUCGUGAGUCGGAGGAUUAUCAGCGAUUAUCUCGGGUCGUCAACUGAACCAGACUGAGCGACGAUGAUUCAUACAAACUAGUGCCGAAGCAGGAAGGUAAAAAUGCGGGGUGAGGGGAAAAGGAACAUCAUAACCACACGAGAAAACCCAAACAUUUUGCGGCCACCUCAAUUGAAUGAAUGCACAAACACCUCAGCAGCAAACAUGACAGAAAAUACCAUCCCGGCCUCCAUGGCUGGCAGGAUUGCUUCGUACUCAAUUACGCCACCUUCUGCCCCGGACAUAGAGAUAGCACAGGCAGAACACCGCAUAACACUGAUCAAUCGGUGGGGCAUCGGGCCUGGCCACCGCGUGCUAGAAAUUGGCUGCGGGCAGGGCAACACUACGGCUGUCUUGGCCGAGGCCGUCGGAGAAACGGGCUCCGUCGACGCCGUCGACCCCGCCCCGCCAGACUACGGCGCCCCCUUCACGCUGGCGCAGGCACAAGCGCACAUCUCGGCCAGCGCCGUGGGCGACCGCGUGACCUGGCAGAACGCGGACCCGGUGGCCUUUUUGCGCUCCGGCUCCGCCACCGCAACCUGGGACGUGGCCGUGCUGGCCCACUCCGUCUGGUACUUUGCGUCGAGCGCCGUGCUGGCCGAGACGCUGCGGGCGCUGCGCGGCAGGGCGGCGCGGCUGUGCGUGGCCGAGUACGCCCUGCGCGCCUCCGAGGCUGCCGCCGCGCCGCACGUCCUGGCCGCCGUGGCGAGGGGCGUGCUCGAGUGCCAGAGCGCGGAGAGCACGGCCAACAUCCGCUCGCCGCUGAGCCCCGACGCGAUCGCUGCGAUCGCUGCGGGGGCGGGGUGGACGGUGGAGAGGCAGGGGAUGGUGGUUCCUGGGCCGGGCCUGCUGGAUGGCCACUGGGAGGCGGGCAGUGUGGCUUCUCAGUCGUUUGUUCGCGAGGUUGAGGACGCGGUUCGGGACGAGGGCAUGCGGUUGGUAUUGGCGUCGGCGAGAUAUGCAGUCGUUGCGGCCGUGGAGGCCCUGAAGGGAGAAAGGGUCAGGACGAUGGAUGUUUGGGUCUCAUCGUUUACCUGAGGCAUCGGGAGACACAGCACUGCAGCCAUAAUUUGGAGGCUCUGAUUAGAAAACUGCCGUUUGGCUACAGCCCGCACUGAUGAUUACGAUCUGUAUCAUGUUGAGAAUGUCGACAAAGAAGAGCAAAUAAGUGAUGCGGUGACCACGGCAUGGCCACAGCCUCUGAGACCACUGCCCUGUCCACUGAAGGCCAUUACUAUGCGACAGCUAACGUGGUUAAAGAAACAAAGAAACCUGUUUUUCGCAUCUUCGCCGUUGCAUCGGUCAGGCAGCACGCCGACGAGCAAACCGGACAAGGCCCGAAAGACGAAAUGUACUGGUAGACAAUAGCCCCAUCCCGUGGCAGGUCGCUGGCAGCUGGCAGGUUCUUGGUCCGG